AUGGUUUUUAGGUGCUUCAUGGAGGUUGGCUGGGUGACCUACAUCUCCUUUGGGCCUCCUACAGGGAAGCUGGUCAGGAUUGUAAAUGCUACUGCUCAGAACAGGGCUUUGGCUGAUGGACCUUGCACUCAGGUAAGAAGACAGGCUAUGCCUUUCAAAUCCAUGCAGCUCACUGACUUCAUCCUCAACUUCCCACACAGUGCCGGCCAGAAGUAUGUCCGACAAGCGUGGCAGAAGGCAGGUAUCCUUACAAAAUGGGCAGCCACACGAUGGGCCACAUGGAUUGAAGCCAGAGAAAGAAAAACCAAGAUGACAGAUUUUGAUCAUUAUAAAGUCAUGAAGGUAAAGAAAACAAGGAACAACAGAAUAAUCAAGCUCCAUGUCAGGAAGCUGCAAAAAGCAGCUCUCCUGAACGUUCCUCCCAAAAAAGCACCUGCUGCUAAGGGUCCCGCUGAGGCAGCUGCAAAAUUUCCAGCAAAAAAGAUGGCUGCUGCAGACAGGAAGGCUCCAACCCAGAAGGAUCCCCACCCCCAAAAGCUGCAGGCCAGAAUGCAGCGCCUGCAAAGUCUCAGGAAGGUCAGAAACCUCCAGCCCAGAAAUCACCUGCUCUGA